AUGUAAGUUGCAUUUAGUGCCAUUUGUGUUGGAUUAGACAACGCUGGCAAAACCAGUCUAUUGCGCACACUCUCCAAUAGUCAAAGGAUGGAGAUAUUCCCAACACCCACCAUGGAGAUCCAUUAUGUCAUUUGUCCCAAAAUAGGGAAGUAUUGUCUGGUUUAUGAUAUGUCUGGAAAUGGUCGUCAUCGAUCUAAUUGGAGAAUUCUCUAUCAAGACGUUCAAGCCAUGAUCUACGUCAUUGACACCAGCGAUUCAGAAUACAGAUUCCAUUUAUAAAGACAUCUUAUUGAAGAGGUUCUUAAUGAUGAUUUAAUCAAAAAAAGUGCGAUCCCCAUUCUAUUCCUAUUCAACAAGAACGAUAAAAAGAAUAGAUUCAACAAGGACGAUCUCAUCAAAGUACUAGGAUUGGACUCCAAGAAAUUCAAAAAUAAAUUCAUUUUCAAAGAGACUACUAGUUUUGAAAUUUCAAAAUUGAAAGAAGCCAUUGAUAAUCUCACUGAUGCACUCUUUAGCAAAAAAUAAUGA